AUGGCGAUUGGUAUGAAGAAGAUCCGCUCAGGACAUGUUCUGCGUUCCAGCAGGAAACGCGACACCUGCUCUUCUGGAGGAUUUUACAAGUCUCCCAGCUCGGGGGAUGUCAUCUCGUCGACCAGUCAGGUCAACAUCACCUGGGAUACUUCCUGCUUGAACACGACGGCUGUGGACAUAUACCUGUUCGCCCCGGACACAGAAACGCCGCGAAUACACGCGUGGGAGGGAGUCGACUAUGCAUUUGGCAGCUAUAACACAACAUUUCAGCCAUCUUGGUGGAAUUCAACGUCGAGUGUCCGUCUACAGCUCGAGAUUAUCGAGUCCGGCGAUACCCUCUUCAUGGCGACCCUCCCCGCAGGUCCCAUCUUCAAUAUGACCUACAGCGGAAGCCAGAAUAGCAGUACCUCUCAAGACAGCUCAUCUGAGGCGAUCACGAAGGUAGACAACGUCCCAUCCACCUCUCAUGGACUCUCCGGUGGUAAAACCGCUGCGGCGGUGAUCUUGCCACUACUGGUGGUCAUCGCCAUCGUGGUUGGCGUGUACGUAUGGCGAAGUCGGAAGAAAGGCAGGAGCGAGCGGAAGCGGUUCAGCGUUGCGAUUGACAAGCGCAUGUCGACCAUCUCGUCGGAGUGGAAGUCGGUCACUACGGCGGGCGCGACGGCGGCGAUUCGGAACAGCAUGCAUGUGUCCGAGCGCACGUCGACCUCCCCGGAGAACCGCUCGUCGUUUUCGCUCAGCAACAUCCGUUCUUCGAGCACAUUUGCGGUGGAAAGCGGGCAUGCGGGCAUCGGCACGCGCGGGGUGCAGAUGAUGACGGAGAAGCCAAGUUUGGACUUCUCAGCGCCGCACAUGGCGCAGGUGCGCCCGAACGUGCGCACGUCGGCGUACAGCGCCGCGGACAGAACAUCGCGUGUCUCGCGGGUGUCCUUCGCGCCGGAUACGCGUCCGUCCUCAGAAUACCGCCGCACGCGGGCAUUCCAUGCUGACCAUGUCCCUCCGCUUCCGGAUGCCUACACGCGAGAUCCCGGAGAGAUGUCGCCCACGCAAACGGAGGGUCCCAUGACUUUAACAGUAGACGACAUUCGGGCGCGUAUGGCUGGUCAGGACGUACCGCCGCGUACGAGCAUGGAUGCAGUUCUCCCUGCCUUAUCUAUGAUGCGUACCGGCAGGUCCAGCGCAGAGGACGAGAUGGUUUUCCCUGGCGCUUCCACGUUGCCACCUUCCCAGCACACUACCUUACCCACUGCACCUGAGCCAGUCCACCAGUCCACCGUAUCUCCGAUCGCGAGCACCAUCCCCUAUGUCUCUGCAGCGAUGUCCCCGGACGCCAUGCUUCGUGCCUAUGCUGACCAAACGCUACGUUCACCGCCUCCCUCAGCAGCUCUUGCACUGCUUCCGCCCGCUGCAAAUCUAGGGAGCGGCACGAUGCGUAUACUUUACACGCCUGCAUCACCUCCAGAUGCUGCUGCGCCGCACCCACCCCCGCCGGCUUCACCUGAGUCCCUGUAUCCGACUACGCCAGAGCCACGCACGUCUGCCGCGGUCGAUGCGCAGAGGCAGAGUUUUGCCACAUCUGCGGAGGAAACGCACCUCGGCGAAGAGAAUGUGCACUUUGGCACUGCGCAGUAA